AUGAGUCCGAAAAAUGUCAUCUUUAAGAAAGCGUGCAAAGACAAGUCGGUAUCUGUGUAUAUGGGGAGACGAGAUUUUGUUGAUCGUGUUGAUUCAGUGGAUCCAGUGGACGGUGUUGUUCUAAUCGACCCUGAGCUCCUGAAAGGCAAAAAAGUAUUUGUCACUCUGUCCUGUACGUUCCGCUACGGCCGAGACGACAUGGACGUGAUGGGUAUAGCGUUCCGGAGAGACAUUUACCUCUCCACCCGGCAGAUCUACCCCCCUCUGCAGGACAAGGAGCAGUGCACUCUCACCAAGGUGCAGGAGAAACUGCUACGCAAACUAAGCUACAAUGCAUACCCCUUUUUCUUUGAAUUCCCUGAUAAUCUACCCUGCUCUGUGGGACUGCAGCCGGCUCCUACCGACGUGGGCAAGCACUGUGCUGUAGAGUUCGAGGUGAAGGCCUUCAGUGCCGCGAACCUGGACGCUAAAGUCCACAAGAGGAGUACAGUGUGUCUGAUGAUCCGUAAGGUCCAGUACGCUCCAGAGAAAUCUGGUCCCGCGCCUUCAGUCUCUGUCACCCGUGAUUUCCUCAUGUCCGACAAACCUCUGCAUGUGGAGGCGAGUCUGCAGAAGCAGACAUAUUAUCACGGAGAGCCGAUCAAGGUACGGGUCAACAUCAACAAUGAGUCCAACAAAAAUGUGAAGAACAUUAUUCUUUCUGUGGAUCAAAUUGCCAACGUUGUUCUUUACUCCAACGACAGCUACAUGAAGCAAGUGGCCAUAGAGGAUUCUGGAGAUACCUUGGGUCCAGGCGGCAAAAUGGAGAAGGUGUACACACUGCUCCCCCUGUUGGCCAACAACAAGGAAAGGCGUGGGAUUGCACUGGAUGGAAAACUGAAGCAUGAAGACACCAAUCUCGCCUCAACUAGCAUAAUUAAAGAAGGAGUCCUGAAGGAGGUCUUGGGGAUUCUGGUGUCCUACAGAAUCAUAGUAAAGCUCAUCAUGGGAGGGCUGAUGGGAUCCAGUGAGAUUGGGCUGGAGUUGCCGUUCCAACUGAUGCACCCAAGUCCUGUAACAGUGAGAGAAAGUGAGAUGGAUGAAGAUAUGGUGUUUGAAGACUUCAAGCGCUCGUUUAUGAAGGGCAUGACGGAGGAUGACGAAGAAGGGAAUAUUUCUGCUGGAGAGCCUUGA